UAAUGUUCAUUCGUCGGAGGCAAAGAAAACCAACAGUCUUCGGGAGGAAGCAUACGACAGGACAUGUUUUCGCUCCGUUUUUGCAGCUCGCUAUUUCAAGCCAAGCGAAUUGCGAUCUUCUCUUAUAUAGCGGCAUUUACGUGGAGCAAAAUCAGGCAGUGGUUUGAAUGAACAGUUCUAACUAAUUUGGAAACAACGUUGACGCUUAUAGUGGUUCUAGCGGAUUAGGGACCAAAAACAGUCGCCGGCAUGGAUAAGUUCCGCAUGAUUUUCCAGUUUCUUCAGUCCAACCAGGAGUCGUUCAUGAAUGGCAUCUGCGGAAUCAUGGCGCUGGCUAGUGCGCACAUGUACUCAGCCUUCGACUUCAACUGCCCCUGUCUGCCUGAGUAUAACUACUCUUACGGAAUGGGCAUCCUGGCGCUCCCUCCUUUCGUACUUUUUUUAGUGGGCUUCAUCAUGAACAAUAAUGUGUCCAUGCUGGCAGAAGAGUGGAAGAGGCCAAUCGGCCAGCGCAGGAAGGACCCAGCGGUGCUGCGCUACAUGUUCUGCUCCAUGACACAGCGGGCCAUGAUUGCACCAGUGGUUUGGAUUUCUGUCACCCUCCUUGACGGGAAAAGCCUGACGUGUGCUUUCAGUGUCAAUUUACAGCUAGAGAAAUUUGGCAAUGUGAGCACACAAGGGCUAUCGCAGGAUGAGCUCAUCCGAUUACUGGCUAAAAUCCCCUGCAAGGACAUCUUCGACGGACAUGCAGUGGUCUCCCGGGAAGCUGCUGAGCGCUACCUGCGCUGCAUAUCUCAGGCAAUUGGCUGGACAUUCCUCUUGCUGAUGACCAUGAUGGCAUUUCUUGUAAGGGCAAUCCGCCCUUGUUUCACCCAGGCUGCCUUCCUGAAAACCAAAUACUGGUCGCAUUACAUCGACAUUGAGCGCAAACUUUUUGAUGAGACAUGCACGGAGCAUGCCAAGAGCUUUGCCAAGAUUUGCAUUCAGCAGUACUUUGAGAGCAUCAAGGGGGAGAUGUGCCACUUCCAUCAGCACCACCGGGUGCGACAUCAUAGCAAGGAAUCGGAGGAGGAUGCUAAAGGAGAUGAUGACAAGCUGUUGGGCAUCACUGACCAGGAGGACAUGAAUAAGGUCCUAAAAAAUUGGCAUCAGUGCAAGCCUCCACUUAACCUGGCCAAACCUGGUUGCUAAAUGGCAAUGGGUGUGCCAAACCCAAUAACACGGAAGACAAAUCUGUCAAUUCCAGGAAAACACUGGUGGCUUAUUAUAGCAAAGUCUGAAGGAUAUGGAUAUGGGGUAAUUAGGACACUCGAAUCAUGGGGUAAAAUAAUACGUCCUGACGUUCAAACUUGACUACAACUGCUGUAAUGUAAUCUGCGAGCAUUGCACUGCUCUUCAUUUAUCACAUUGAUAAUUCACUAGAAAGAUGAUAGGAUGGUUAAAUAUGUGACAUAUUCAGUAAAUUAACAAAGUCUAAGAUACACUGGCCUCCCAGCCAGGACAGGUGCUUACCAUGUACAGUUAAGGUUAGGGAGAGGGAUUUUGGACAAUUCAAGUGAAUUGAAUGACUGAGCCUUUUGUUCUCAUCAUAAUUGUUCUAAAGCUCUAAUGGUUGCCCCCCACCUAAGAAUAAAUCUGCCAACUGGGAUCAAGCAAAUGUGAAUGGAUGAAUGUGCUGGAAGGUUGUAGUCAUGGCAAAGGGCAUCACCUUAACUUUAUCUUAGCAUCUGAAAUAGUGAGGAGCUCCCUUGUUGAAGAGUUUAUAAUUGCUCUUAGACCUAUCUGCGAAGAUGAACUUUGAUAACUGGAUAGUAUCAUUUACUUUAGCCCAUAACAU